GUGAAGUCUCGCUACCUCCAGUACGAUAAGAAAGACACCAAGAAGGAUACUUCAGUAAAUUCCUUUUCAGUAUCUACUGCUAAAUCAUCAUCUGCAACUAAACCAAGAUCAGUUCCUCCUCAGAAAUGUAAAACUUCCACUGGUGGUGUUUCUAGCUCAUUAAAUCAGAGUAGUUUUGAGAAAGGUGACUUGCAGUCCACUUUAUUAGGUGAAGAUAAAAUUAGUCGACCGGACCUUGAUCUUUCAGCUAUUAAUGAUAAAACUGUCCGCAAAAAGACUCCUGGCUCAAAAUCUGCUGGAGAUACAGGAACACGACGAAAACCCCAAAAAGUGGGAAAUAAUUCUGAUGCUCUGAUGGAAGAGCUGGAGUCUCAGACACUGCUUUUAACUUACCUGAGAGUAAAGGCAGAAAAAAAUCUUGCUGAGCUGGAGAAAAAAGCAGAAAAAAACUUGCUAAUGUUGUGUGAAGAAAAGGAAAGACAACAGGAGAAGCUCUAUGAGUUGAAGCGUGGAAUUCUACUCAAAGAGAGAGAGCAGAAACUUGAUGAAGUGUUAGACAAACAGAUGGAAAUACUUUCUCCCCUUAUUCCUGUUUGUGAACAAUUUAAAGACCAAUACAAAAACUUUGCAGUUUCCCUGGAUGCCACUAGACAUGAAUUGCCCAUAAAGAAUAUUCACAUAGAAGGAGAUACGCUAACAUACCUCGAUGAACUGCAAAAGCAGUUAACUAUCACACAGGAACUUCUGACAGAAGUCAUGCCAAACUACUCAGAAGACAGUGCAAAAGCAUUUAGUGUACUGACAGACCUUAAGGAAGUUUCUCAGAAACUGGAGAAAGAGCUUCAAAGGAGCUUCACACAAGUGCAGAACCUGUCGUUUGAAGUUAGUAAAGAAGUUUCUCUGCAUAACCAAGGAAUAUGUGAAGAGAAUCAUGGACUAGAUGUUGUGAAACACUGGUACUUCAACUAA